GAUGAUUUUCUUUUCACGCUUUUUGUAGCGCAUUGAAUGGGAAGCAUUUUCCAGAUCGUCCAUUCCGAGCGUAUAUCACAAAAGAUAUAGCAGAGUCACCCCUGUCACAGUGAACUGUGAAAGCUGUUGGGUCUGCUGGAAAAGAUUUCCGAGAUCGGUUUCACUGGAAAAGCUUGCAAGAGAUUUGAAAUCAUGUGUGGAGCAGCCCUGGAGGAUGUGUCCAGGCUUGGGCCCGACACCUGAGGAAGGAGCGACUGUGGACGUUCUUGGGGGAUUUGCCCCAUUGAUUCCUAGCUUAUAUUAUGAGUAGAAGCUGCAGAAAUCAGUCUUCGAUUCAUUAUGGUCUGGAAAAGAGUUUCACAGGGUACUAAGAAGAGAUCGCUACAGUUUGGAGUCUGAAACCAAACAUCCCAUCAGGAUCUGACAGAGUUGGCCAAUUUACCAGUACCUGAAUAUCAUUGAAUUUUGAGCAUGGAAAGAAAAAGAACCAUUCAGUGUCAGGAGAAACCAUAUGUGUGUUCUUUGUGUGGACGAGGUUUCAGGCAAUCAUCUGGUCUGUCGAAACAUAAGUGUAAUCCUGCUGGGGAGAAACCAUGGAAAUGCGGGGACUGUGGGAAGGGAUUUAAAUCCCCUUCAAAGCUGGAAAUGCACAGACGCAGUCACACUGGGGAGAGGCCAUUCACCUGCACCAGAUGUGGGAAAGGAUUCACUCAAUCAACUCAUCUCCUGAAACACCAGCGAGUCCACACAGGGGUGAGACCAUUCACCUGCUCUCAGUGUGGGAAAGGAUUCACUCAGUCAACCCACCUGCUGGAACAUCACCGUGUUCACACUGGGGAGAGGCCAUUUAUUUGCACUGAGUGUGGGAAGGGGUUCACUCACUCAUCCAAUUUGCUAAAACAUAAACGAGUUCACACUGGAGAGAGGCCAUUCAUCUGCUCUGUGUGUGGGAAAGGAUUCACUCAGUUAUCCAGUUUGCUGUCACACCAGCGAGUCCACACAGGGGAGAGGCCAUUUACCUGCUCUGAGUGUGGGAGAGGAUUUACGGUCUCAUCUGACCUACUGAGACACCAGCAUGUUCACAAUGAAGAGAGAUCUUUUAAGUGCCCAGACUGUGGAAAGUGCUAUAAAAGUUCUGGGGACUUGAUGUUCCAUCAACGUGUUCACACUGAUGAAAGACCAUUUAGAUGCUCUCACUGUAGGUCUGGGUUCAAAAGGUCAUCUCAACUCUCAGUUCACCAGCGAGUUCACACUGGAGAGAGGCCAUUUCCUUGUUCCCAGUGUGAGAAGAGAUCCCCUCAGUUACCCAUUUGUGAAACAUCAGCAAAUUGAAAAGUGACUGCAGACUUUGGAUUUUGUUGUUCAGUCAGACACUCGAGUGGUUAAUGAUUGAUAAGGAGGCGGUAUAGAAUGUUUUCUAUUGUUAAAGUUAAUUAUCAACUGAGACUGUAGAAGAUGCAUCCAAGGAUAAUCAGGGAUGUGAGAGUGGAAAUUGCAGAGUCUGUUAUCAAUUCUGACAACUUUGUAAUAAUACUAGUAAAUUGAGGAUUUAUAAACAUUACACUGGCAUUAGAUGAGUUUCUUUCAUUUUGAAACUUGGAAACAUUAAUUUGGGUUAAACAAAUGGAGAACAACUGGCUAAUUAAGAAAAGACAGCAUAACCUUAAGGGAAUAUUGUCUCACUACUUUCCUGGUGUUAUCAAAGCGGUAACAGGGAAGAUGGAUCUCCCCGUGCUGUUGAUGUAGUGUGCCGAACUUUCAAAAGGAAAUUGACAGAGUGAGUUACAAUAGACUUGUGAACAAAAUUAGAACUCAUGGAAUGGAUAGUAACAGCAAUGAUGUAGAUUUGACUAAUUGACAGGAUGCAGAACAUUGUAAUGAAUCAAUAUUUUAAAGGCAGGAGGAAAUAUUUGUCAUGGAGUGGCCAAGUGGUCAAUUUUGGGUCAUUUGCUUUUCUGAAUAUUUAUUGUUAUAAGUUGGUUAAAAAUAAGUUUUUGCACGUAUGUACAUGUAUAUGUCGUGACUGUGAGCAGUCCAAUAAGGAUGGCAGAUAUAAUGUUAUUAGAAUUAAAAGUAAUUUGUCAGAUGUUUCCUCUGAAGACAGUCAACCAGGUAAUCAACACUUCGUGGACCACUUGGUGAGGCUGGACUGUGAAACUGUUGUGCAAUAAGCUUACAAAGACAGAUUGUCUGAGAGUUGCACCACAUAAAAGUAUUGAAAUUUAUCCUACCCAUAAAAUGUCCUAAUCUUAAAGAUGAGUCUUUUAAUCUGUAGUGCAAAGCUGGUGGUUACUGUCUCGACCACCUGCAAGGUGACUUGAUUACGUGACUUCAUAAUGGUAAACUUAACUGCAUUUAAGUUAUGGAAUUUUAUACCUUGUUCAGGAUUUAAGCUACAGAGGUCAAGGUUUUGCCUGGUUUAAAAACAGCCACAAUAUCAUUUUGCGUGUAAAAGUAAUCAACUUUAUUUUGCUAAAACUACAAUAGAAUCCGCAGAGCAAGUGUAAAAUAUAACGCUUCUGAUUAAGAAGAGGAAAGAUGAAAUUACAAUCUAGUGGGAAAAGAUCUGCCACCCUGCCAAUCCAUAAUAGGCCCCACAGAACAUGGGAAAGCAAAUGUGGCCAAACUAUACCAAAAACACCCAGAAUGCCUCAACAGGUACCAAACAGGCCGACAAGUGAAACUUCACAACACUCUCAGACAAGGGAAUACACUUCCCAGCACCCACUAAGAAUGUCAGAGCAACACAGCUAUCUCAAAGCCCCAAGAGCAGUUUCACAACGCAGCAGUGCCAAAGCCACACAAAGAACCAGUCAGAGAGGCACCACCAAGAGCAUUGCUCCCAGGACAAGACAAGAGGAAUACCAUUUCAGAGGAAAUGUUAGCACCUACCUGCGAAGAGGAAUGGAAGUUCCAAACCGGUUGACACUGUCAAAAUGUUGCAUUGUAUUGAGAAUCAGGACACUCAUCCAAUAGCUCUUUACCAAUUAGCAUCAUUGUAACUGGAUUACUCCAUUUCCAGAUACAUUGUAUUUUCCCCAUUUCUAAUUAGCCUUACUGUACAAGAUUAUUAUGAAAACUGGCUUCUUCCUUAGCUCGAGGAAGAGAAUCCUUGAUUUACCUGUUCUAUGU